AUGGCCGCCGAAUCAGAGACCAACUCCCUCACCAUGAAGUUGCUCGCCCUAGCCAACUACUGCGAAGGACCAAAGGCGCAAGAGAUCAAGAACGUAAUCGCCCAGCUCCCCAUGGCCGCGUACAAAGAACGCACCUCUGCCGAUAGUGAGAUCGCUCGCCUGCGCCAGGAGAACUCCAAUCUCAAGCAGCGACUUUUCCUAGAAGCACUCGCAGUCCACCAGCCCUCACGCCCAUCAACGCCACGUUCAAGCUGGAAGGAGCGAGAGUCCGCACGUACCGCCCCAUCGACGAAUAGCUCGGUAACUUCUCGACACGAUAGCAGUUAUGGAUCAUUCUAUCCACCACCACCUCCACUUCCUAAGGAGCUGUUCCCAGAGACCUGGCAGCCUCAAGCCAAGCGGAUGAAGACAGAGGCACCAUCGCCAACGCGGAAGAGGCCUCGACCAAUAUGUACCGGCUGCUUCCAAGUCGCCGGUGCAUGUGAUGGUAGAUCGGUGUGUAGCGUCUGCCGUACUCGUGGCUAUCGAUGCGAGUACAAUGAGUGCUGGGAUGGCAACUACUGCGCCGACAUGAAGUGCACACGACUUCAUCCGGAGCAGUGGAGUGGCAACGAGGAGCCGAGGCGUGUCGUCAAGGGCAAGGGACGGUCAUCGUAA